AUUUAUCUCCACCAUUCCAACUCGGUUCUAGCUUCUCUCUCUCUCUCUCUCUCUCUAUAAACACACACACACACACACGCAUAUAUAUAUAAACCUAAAGAUAUCGAAAAGAAGAAAAGAUGGGUGCUCUUGACUAUCUGAUGGAUUUAUGUACAGUUAGCAGCACAAGGAAGAGCAAACGCAAACCAAUGCAGACAGUUGAUAUCAAGGUUAAGAUGGACUGUGAUGGCUGUGAAAGGAGAGUUAAACAUGCUGUAUCCUCCAUGAAAGGAGCUAGGUCAGUAGAAGUAAACCGAAAGCAGAGCCGUGUAAGUGUGACUGGCUAUGUGGAACCAAACAAGGUCUUAAAGAAAGUGAAGAGCACUGGAAAGAGAGCUGAGUUCUGGCCCUAUGUCCCAUACAAUCUGGUCUCCUAUCCUUACGUCCCUCAAGCUUACGACAAGAAGGCGCCCUCCGGCUACGUCAAGAACGUCGUUCAGGCGCUUCCGAGCCCGAAUGCAACGGAUGAGAGGCUCACCACAAUGUUCAGUGAUGAAAACCCUAAUGCAUGUUCUAUCAUGUGAGGCAUUUACAUGCAAGGCAUGAAGGUUGUAGUUUGACCUAGCUAGGUUUGGGUUUUUUUUUUUUUUUUUUUUUCUGUAGGAAACAAAAUUUGUUUGUAGUUUCGCUUGUUUUGUAGUCUUCUGAGAUUAGUCAUGCUCCUUAUGGUUAAAUUAA